AUGCAGACGCGCCUCACGAUAUCACGCCCGCAGAGUCUAAUUCUCAGCAGCAUGAAGGAGGUUCAGGUCCUGCCAACAUCACAGACGAACGACAGACUAUUGCUCAGCCCGACUCUGUCUCUCAGCAAAACGGAACUGUUGAAGAUGAGAACUAGAGACAAGAAGAAAAGCAAGAAGGCCGUUCUCUCGGGCAAGGUCAAAAGGCUGACAGAACGGAUGAAAUUCAACAAGUCGUUCAAGCGCAGACGCGACAGAGGCCCGGAUGGAGAUGGAGGUGCUGGUGCUGGUGGUAUUAGCUACAUGGCCCCGGCGGCUUGA